CAACAUUCCAUAAUCACUCACUUAUCCCUUUAAUAUGGAGACGCUUUCGGAGAGGCUUCCUGUGUACCUCCACUGGGCACCGCUGUUAGUCCUCGGUCUAAUUUUUAUCAACUACAUCAUAGGAGUAAUCAAAGCCAUCAAGUCUCCUCUCUCACGGAUCCCGGGGCCAUGGUAUGCACCUCUCACAACACUACAUCUCAACUAUGCAUUCGCAAGAGAAACGAUCUGGAAGUCCGUCGAGAAGUCCCACGCACAAUACGGCCCUAUCUUCCGCCUGGGACCGCGACAGGUGUGGAGUUCAGAUAAAGAGGCCAUCAAGACUAUUCUUAUGACAGUUGACCUACCGAAAGUCACCAUGUAUGCAGAAAUAUCGAGAGAUCGGACUAGCCCUAGAUUGUUUGGGGAGAUGUGGAUGGCAAUACGGAUGAGACGGUUUGAUCGAAAUCCCCAUAAGCGACUUAAGAAGUUCCUGUCUCCAGCAUUCACGAUUGCGUAUGUUGAUGGUCACGAGUUUCUGUUCGCAAAAUGUGUGGGUGACCUGAUCAAUCGAUAUGUGGAUCUGCUGUCAUGCCCCUCGCCAAAGGGCGAGAAAGCGCCGGUAGUCACGGACCUGAUGGAAGAUUUGCAUAGUCUUGCCCUUGACAUGAAACUGAAACUUGAAUUUGAUGAGAACACAUGGCGAACAAUCCCAACAGCCAUCUUCAAAGGGAUGACUCGGCGAUACCAGUUUGUUUACAUCAAGCGCCUUCUGAGGAGACUCGGCCUAAACAUCGAAUUUGACUGGCCACGAGAGAUGAUUGCUGCCAUAUCCGCAGUCGCGGGUCAUCGAAAAGCAACUCCCAAAAGUGUCCGUCCCGACCUUCUGCAACACCUUCUCGAGAACGGCGAAAGACCAGACAGCGGAGUCAAAAUGGGAACGAGGGAGGUUGUCGAUCAGAUGGCCGAGAUUCUAUUAGCCGGGUCCGAAACCACGUCUGGAACAAUCGCCUGCUUUUUCCUGGAGAUACUACGGAACCCAGAAACAAAAGAUAAGUUGAUGAAGAGCCUACCGAUCCUUCACCCAAGUGAUCCGAUUAUCCCCAGCAAGACAGUCCGAACGUCUCCUGAAUAUGAGUACCUCGAAGCAUGCAUCAAAGAGGUUCUGCAUCUACAUCAAAUAGCAUCUGAGAUGGGUCAUCCGAAAUACUGGAAUGAGCCCCUGCGCUUCUGGCCUGAACGAUGGCUAGAUCCUCGGCCUUCUGGUGUACCUGCACCUGACAUGCAAGCUUACUAUCCAUUUUCCGCUGGAAAGCACUCAUGCAUUGGCAAGAACUUCGCCAUGGCAGAAAUCAGAAUUUUAAUCGCCAAUAUCUUUUCACGAUUUGAUCUGGCCGAGGUACCCGGACAGAAUAUCGACUACAGACAAUAUAUCACAAUGCAGUUUGAGAAAGGAUCGUGGAAGGCUUUCUUGACGCCAAGAUACCAACAGUCUCAUCCAGUGUCGGCCACUACAGCUUGAUUGAAUAUCGCCUUAUAGAUGCAGUGCAGACUAAAAAGCUAUUUAUAAUGGUUGUAUCGGAGAGACAGGAG